ACUAAUCAAAUCAAAAUUUUACAAGUUAAAACUUAGUGCUUUUAUAUUCGGUAGAUAUGAAAUUUCUUUCGUUUUUUAAUAAUGUGAAAAACAAUGUAAAUUUUAUAAAACGAUCGAAUUAUUUUAGCGUACGAUUUUUACCAACUUUUAACCAAACAAAUCACGACAAUUUAAAACAUUUUAAAUCUCAGAGAAGGAGUGAUGAAGGUUAUUUUGGAAGUAGGCCUAGUGGGUCUUCGAAAUUAAAAAUUGGCGUUGGUAUUGGAGUUCUAAGUGGAGUAGGAAUUUUAAUAUUACUGGAAAAAUGGAAUAAAAACCACGGCUGCUCAUUGGACUUCUUAAAAAGUUGUAGAUUCCCCUCAGUCGCUGCGGCUAACCCCACUGACAACUCUUCUCCAAACAAGAACAGUUUAAGAAAACAAUUUAACUUUAUUGCUGAUGUCGUUGAUAAAUGUGGAUCAUCAUUAGUAUACAUUGAAAUACAAGAUUCAAAAAGGGUAGAGGUUUUUACUGGAGCCCCGACAACACUAUCAAAUGGAUCUGGAUUCAUUGUGAGCAGUGAUGGUCUGAUACUGACAAAUGCUCACGUAGUGGUGUCCAAACCAGGCAGCAAGGUUCAAGUGAAGCUAACUGAUGGCUCCACUCAUAGAGCAAUUAUUCAAGAUUAUGAUUUAAAAUCAGAUUUGGCCUUACUUAAGAUCACAACUGAUCGCAAGCUGAACACAGUGACCAUGGGAUCAUCCCAGGAGUUGCGAGUAGGAGAGUGGGUGGUUGCCAUGGGUAGUCCAUUGUCUCUCUCCAACACUGUCACUGCUGGCAUUGUCUCCAGCCUCCGCACUAGUCAAGAGAUUGGACUCCAUGGCAAGGAUAUGGAUUACAUUCAGACUGAUGCUCCUAUCACUUUUGGAAACUCAGGAGGCCCUUUGGUAAAUCUUGACGGAGAAGUGAUUGGCAUCAACGCCAUGAAAGUGACUGCAGGAAUAUCCUUUGCAAUUCCAAUUGACUACGCCAAAACCUUUUUGAAGAAUGCUCAGGAGAAAAUCAAAAACGGGAGACAGUCAGUUCGUCGCUACAUCGGCACCACUAUGAUCACAUUAUCUGAGACUAUAAUGAGAGACCUGACAGUCAGGGGCCUCGUCAUUCCUCCAGGUCUCAACCAGGGAGUUGUCAUCUGGAAAGUUGUCAUCGACUCUCCUGCCGACAACGCUGGGAUCAAGCCUGGUGACAUAGUGACACACAUCAAUGACAAGCCAGUGAUAGGAGCCAACAGUGUGUACCACUACCUGGACUCUCCCCAGGCACAGAUGUUGAAGAUGAGGGUACUGAGGAAAGGAACCUUUAUGACACUCACUGUAGCACCAGAGGAUGUUGUUUGCUAGACAACUUAGUGUGAUGUUCAAUAGAUAUUGUAAAUUUGUAUAUUGUACUGUUUAUUAUUUAUUUUUUUGAAUAAAUCUAUUUUAAAAUUCUA